AUGUUACAGGAGUUCCUCAAUACUUCACGAUUCAACUUUCGCGGACUCACACUUUUGCGGAUUUUCAAUUUUCAGCAGUCUGUGUCAUCUGAAGUAAAAUGUCUCGGCAGAAGUUCUUGCACUCUCUUGGUGAACAGUCCACUUGUCGUUCGACAGGCCCUCCACCCAGAAGCCUCCAAAAAGAAUCUGGUGCUACCUGAAUGUUUCUUUUCAUUUUUCGACAUGAGGAAAGAGUUUCACAAAUGCUGCCCGAACGCAGGCCCUGUGCAGAAGCUCGCACUCACCUCCAUGUUGGAUUAUGUUGGUCUCCCCGCUGUGUCGGAGCAGAUGAUAGGGGUGAGGGAGGUGAGGAGCAUGGUGCAGCUGAUGCUCUGCCUCUUGGCUGAGCCCUACAGUCACAAAUUCUCCUGCAUGGAAACGGUGAUGUGCAAGUUUGACUCGGGCACAUGCAGCAAGACAGAACCUGUGGACAGUGAGACGGUGAUCAGAGCUCGAGGGCUUCCAUGGCAGUCCUCAGACCAAGAUAUCGCUCGCUUCUUUAAAGGACUUAAUAUUGCCAAGGGUGGUGUGGCUCUGUGUCUGAAUGCUCAGGGGAGGAGGAAUGGGGAAGCCUUGGUUCGUUUCAUCAACUCCGAACAUCGAGACCUGGCUCUGGAGCGCCACAAACACCACAUGGGCAGCCGAUACAUUGAGGUCUACAAAGCCACAGGAGAGGAAUUCCUCAAGAUUGCUGGAGGAACAUCUAACGAGGUGGCUCAGUUCUUGUCUAAGGAGAACCAGGUGAUCAUACGGAUGCGAGGGCUGCCAUUCACUGUUACACCACAGGAAGUGCUGACUUUCCUCGGCCCAGAGAGCCCAGUUACAGACGGGGCUGAGGGUCUGCUCUUUGUGAAGUACCCCGAUGGACGGCCCACCGGUGACGCCUUCGUGCUCUUCUCUUGUGAGGAAUAUGCUCAGAACGCUCUAAAGAAACACAAGCAGGUCCUGGGGAAGCGCUACAUCGAGCUGUUUCGAAGUACUGCCGCUGAGGUGCAACAGGUCCUGAAUCGUUACAUGUCCACACCUCUGAUCUCCACGCUGCCUCCUUCACCUAUGGUAUCUCUGCCGGUCCUCUCCACGCCUCCCUUCCUGCCGACGUCCAGCAGCAUCCGAGACUGCGUGCGCCUGCGUGGUCUGCCAUACACAGCCGGCAUCGAAGAUAUCCUGGACUUCAUGGGCGAGCACACAGUUGACAUUAAACCUCACGGCGUGCACAUGGUCCUUAACCAGCAGGGUCGGCCCUCGGGGGACGCCUUCAUCCAGAUGAAGUCACCUGACAAGGCGUUCCUGGUGUCCCAAAAGUGCCAUAAACAGAUGAUGAAGGAUCGCUAUGUUGAGGUCUUCCAGUGCUCCACGGAGGAAAUGAGCAUUGUUCUGAUGGGAGGAACCCUGAACCGCAGUGGCCUCUCCCCUCCACCCUGCAAGCUUCCCUGUCUUUCUCCGCCCACAGCCUACGCUGCCUUCCCCACUCCUCCUGCUAUUCUCUCUGAGGCUGCUCUUUAUCAGCCCCCUCUACUGGCUGCUCCCAGACCCCCUCAGACCACUGUACACAGCUCCGCUCAUGCUCUGGCUUACUACCCCCCUCAGCCACAUCUCUACAUGAACAUGAACUACACAGCUUACUACCCCAGCCCCCCGGUGUCUCCCUCCACAGUUGGCUACUUUGCAGCCCCACCCGGAGCCAUGGCAGCAGCCGUUGCAGCUCAGCCCCACCAUCCUGUCGCCGCUGCGUCCUCUGUGCUGCCUCAGCCAGGUGCCCUGGUGAGGAUGCAGGGGCUGCCCUACAACACCGGGGUCAAAGACAUCCUCGGCUUCUUCCAAGGGUACCAGUACGCCCCUGACGAGUACAGCGGUGUGGUUCAGAUGAACGAACAGGUCCGGAGUCUGAUGCAGCCCAAAGAAUGGCUCUGCCUUUAAGGACUCGCGAAGCUCCAACCAGAAGCCGUGCUUAUUCUGUAUAACUUCAGUGGCCAAUGCAGCGGCGAGGCCUUGAUCACUUUUCCGAGCGAGGAGCUGGCCAGGCGGGCCGUAGUGGAAUGCUCAAGCCAAUCGUUCUACGGCCAGCAGGUCCACUUGGCUCUCUGUAACUGACCUCCUCCGUCUCUCUCCACCUCGCCCCUUUAACAUCCUGCGAAGAAGCCCUCUUUGUUCGCUCUGAACUCCAGCACGUCCCGGUUCUUUCCAGAACUCCUGCUGAAGUUUUCUCCUCUCUGAUCUGUCAUGUUGAACACACACACCUCUCACCGCUGCUCCUGACACUCCUGCGGCUGCAGUUGGAGCUGUGGGAUCCACAGAUGAAGCAGCUAAACGUUGAGUAAAUGACGCUGUGGAUGCCGGCUGUAAUGUUUCCGUUUCUUUGAGUUACUGCAUCAGAUGGUGUGGAGCCUGGAAAAGACCCAUGUAGUGGCUCUGCAAAGCCAAACUUGCAAAUAUAUUUAAGUACUUUAUAUAAAUAUCUUCUAUAAAACUUUACAAAUGUUUGUCCUGAAGUUCUUGAGGCUGUGCAAACAUCUCAACUCAAAUCCUUUCUAAAUUUCUCUUAAAACUCCACAGGAUUGAAACUUCUCUCCGUUUUUCUGUUGGCUCAGUGCUGAUAGAAGCUGGGUGUAGGCUUGACGUGUUUUAUUUAACACACUUCAUGGAUGGAAACGAGAUGAAUUAAGCCAUAAAAACUGUUUUAGGUUCAAAACAAAGUGCAUCUACUGUAUAUGUUAAACUGUCAAGAGUUAAAUUGUGGUUUAAAGUGGCUCUGAGCUUCAGGGAAUACUGGUAUUAGAUUACACCAGAGCACCCACUAACCUAUCACUUUGUUUUAUUUUUGUAAAAGCAUUUAUUUUUACUGACAUUAAGCAUUUUGUAAUAAGCACUACAGCUUCCUGUUGCUCCAAACACUGAGAUAAGGAGCCAUACAUCUUUACCAAAGCAGCAAGAUAAAUUUAUUCUAUUUUAUUAAUGUGAUUUCUUGACGAGCUGAUAUUUGGUUAUUAAAAGUAAAACUGUAUUUUUUUUUCCACCCCGGAAAUAUUUUUUAAGAACCAACAGCAGCUCCUGUUUCUCAUUUGUUUCCAGACUCUAACGAUGUCUUUAAUUCACGUCUACAACCAGAGGACUGUGGAAAGCUGCGUAAUGUUCUUUAGUUCUGUACGAGGCCUGCUGACAGUGGGCCUUCUUUAAUGUGCCUACAUUACCCAGAGUGCAAUAGUGGCCCAUAUGAGGCUAAAUGUCAGCCUCUGGUGGCAGGUGAUUAUUUUUGUUGUGACAAUGCUUGCAUGAAUUUUUGUGUAUAAAAUGUAAACAAUAAAAACGUUGACA